CCCAGCAGAGGUCUCUGUGUGUCUGGCAAUGUGCUCUCUGCAGGCUGGCUCUCUGUCCGCUCUCCUCUCUGUGUGUGAGUCUGGCUUCCUGCUUCUAACGCGCACUCACAGCCCCAUGUGUUCAGGCUGUUAGAGAGAGUUUCAGUUCGAGAAGCUCGCAGUGUGCAGCGCUCUCCCAGCACUUCUUACUGCUUAGUACAUGUUCCCUGCCCGGGGUGGCUGGCUGUAGUGUGAGUAUGGAAGGAGAGAGCACCACCGCGCUCAUCAAUGGCUUUGUAUUUGGCGCCCUCGCCUUCCACCAUCUCAACUCCCCAGCAGACACUGAAGGAUUUCUUCUCGGAGAGGUGAAAGGAGAAGCAAAGAAUAGCAUCACGGACUCCCAAAUGGAUGAUGUUGAAGUUGUUUAUACAAUAGAUAUACAGAAGCAUGUGCCAUGUUACCAACCAUUAAGUUUUUACAGUGCAAGUGGGGAACUCAACAAGUCAGCAUUAAAGAAAUUUCUUCCAGACCAUAAAAAAGACGUGAUUGGAUGGUACAGAUUUCGGCACAACACACAUCAGAUCAUGACAUAUAGGGAGAGGCUUAUCCAUAAGAACCUGCAAGAAUAUCUGUCAAACUCGGGGCUUGUGUUUUUAUUAUUCACAUCAAGUUCAACAACAGAGACAAAGUCUACUCAUCGUAUGGAGUAUGCUUUACAUAAACCACAAGAGAGUCUCUUUCACAGAGUGCCGCUGGUAGUUUCCAACCUCGGUAUGUCAGAACAGCAGGGAUACAAAUCUUUGUCUGGAGCGUGUGUUUCUGUUGGUUUUAACCAGGCGGUUAACAAGCACAGAUUGGAAUUCUUUAAUGAAGAUGACACCUUAAAAGAAGUAAAUAAAAUAAAUGAUAUGUACGUGAGUCUUCAGGAAGCAUUAAAGACAACAUGCAGUAAAGUGCUGGAAAGUGAGAGAUCGGUGGAACAACUUCUGCAGGAAGUGAAUGACCUAAAAAAGCAAAUCGCUGAAAGAAAAAAGCGCUCUACGAUGUCUGGGGAUGAGAAAAUUGCAGACAACCCUCAGGAAAAUGUUAUUUUGUGCCAAGCCCUACGCAAUUUUUUUCCUAACUCUGCCCUUUUACAAAGUUGUCGACUUUCAUUGAAUGGAAGGCAAAUCCCACAUAGCUGCAGCAUCAACCAUGACCUCUGUGAGGUGAAUAAACUUACUUUAAUGAUCAAAGAAAGUGACUUCUCAGAAACCCGAUCAAGAAAGUCUGCCAAACGAAAGUUACUGUCUAAUCACGACGUAGCAAGGGCACUGAAGUCGUCCAGGCUACACCUGCUGCGGAAGACACGUAGUGGCAGAGUAGUGGGUGAGAGCAGUGACAAUAACAGAAUGUUGCUCAACAGCGGCACAGAAACAGAGGAUGAUAAUUCUGAGAAUUUAACCACAGAAUACUCUGCACCACACUCACCCACAUUUUAAGUUUAUAUAUAGUCUUUUGUUUGAUAAAUUGAUGAAGAUUGUGGUGGUCUGUCAAAAACUGAUGUAUUAAAGGUUUUAGGUGCGUUUUGGCACAUGUUAUGAACCUUUCAUUACAAGGGCUGUUUUGUACGAUGAGAACAGGAGCGUUUUUUCUUUUAACAUUUUUGUUAUGUCUUUAUUCAUUGUUAAUUUCCCUCUUAUUCAGUGCACAAACAUAUAUUGC